CAAGCAGAUCUUCUCAAUUGUAAUCCAGUGGUCAAUCCAACAUGCACAAAACUUCCGGAAAAGCUGGUAACAGACUCUAAACUUUUAGAUCCUUCUUUAUACCGCCGCAUAACAGGUUCUCUUCAGUACUUAACUCUUACAAGACCAGACAUAGCCUUUAGCUUAAAUCAGCUUUCUCAACACAUGCAUGCUCCUCAACAGCAGCACGUCUUCAUGCUCAAGAAGCUCCUUCGCUACAUCAAAGGUACACUCGAUUUUGGAAUUCCAAUCCACAAAACUGACUUAGUUCUUAAAUCAUUUUCAGAUGCCGAUUGGGCUGGAGAUCCCAACUCUCGCAAAUCAACAUCCGGAUUUUGCUCAUUUCUCGGCGACAAUCUCAUAUCAUGGACGGUGAAAAAGCAACAAACCGUAGCUCAAUCAUCGACAUAA